CAUAAACGGCAGCCUUUCUAUUGAAGUUCACGAUUCUUCCCUAAGCGGUUGCAGAAUCUUUUCCUUGCUCGAAAGGGGUUUUCCCAUGGCGGUCCUUCAAUUCGUUUACGGUAAUUGAUUCUGAAAUAGGAGUGUUAGUUCAGUGCAAGAUUCGUUGGCGGGUAAUUAGCCCUAGCUUGCAUACAUAUGAGCAUUCGGUUGCCCCCCCGACCCACCGGUAAUUGCAGCUGGGGUAGCAACAGAUUGGCUGCAGCUUACAAUCCGCCAGACUUGCCUUCUCGAAGCACUCAUCAUAGUCGUCGCCAUUAUGGCCUUCGAUAUUUCUAGGCCCUCAACACAGAAUGGCGGCUCCCGUCCACCUACUUCACGUUUUGUCGAGGGUUCUAUGAACGAUCGAGUCAGCGCUGCACCACCCAAACAGUUCCUCGAGCCCGGCCAGCUCAAAGAAUACGAAAAGCAGUUCUACGCUGAGCCGUCAAUAUUUCAACGAGAUGCACGCAAGACACGCCGGCCGUUCUCCGAGAGCAGCAUGUCUCCGCGAGCCAAGCUGCAAGACCACAUCAUCACUCAUAGGAAAUCCACGGGCUUCUUUGGCCGAGUUCGGGAUGCCUUGGGAUGGAGCUCUUCGUCGUCGUCGUCUUCUCGGAGCAGUGGUAGCACGCACAAGAUGGAGCAAGUGAGGAAACAUAAAAGUCUUCAAGAACCACUUCACCGUCGAUCCCCUCCAGCACCGCAACCGGAACAUCUCCGAGCUGCUAAAUCCCACUCUGAGAUGUAUAACUUCCCGGAUCUGCCCAACUUGGGUAACGGUGCCACCCGCCCAUCGAGGGAAGAUGUCUUAGAAUCAUACAACCAAUUAAUGGCGAGCGGCUUCUUUCAAUCUCACGCCAUACACUCCACCCGCCACGCCGCUCCAGGAAGCCGUGGUCGUGAUCGCUAUUCUACGCCGCCCAUGCCUUCGAUACCAGGCUCCGGACCUUGCUCUCCACAACCUCCUCCGCGUACCUCUUCCAUAGACGCCACCAAUUUUUUCAGGGCGCCUAGGUUUCCUGGCUCGCCAUUAAGGGCAAGCUUUCAAGGACGCAGAAUCGAAACACCGGAGCCAGAGGACGAGCCGAUGCAUAUGCCAGACGCCUAUGAUACUCGUCGUCCUACUCUCCGUAGCCGCAAACGCAGCAGAUUAGAUACGGAAGACCCAGCAAGCGUCGAGGCACCAGGAAUGUCUACGUCGUCAUCUUUUGUCGAACCGCUUAAGAGGGUAGCAAAGAAACUACGCAAGAUGCCGUCUCCCAUUAAGGAUUUGCAGAUGUCUGAUAGUUUCCUCCAAUUCCCGCCGUCGCCCACAAUUUCCACCCGUAGUACCUCGUACUUGAAGGAGAUAGCUGGCCGCAUGCGAUCGUCGUCUCCAGCACCGGCACCGGUACCGAUACUAGUACCAGUAUCUCGAGAGAUGGUUGGCAGGCGGGUUGAGCGGAUUGAGAAACAACACCCGCAUAGAUCUCCCUCUAAUAGCAGCCGAGACGGCAAUAGACUGCGAAAGCGCGGCAAGUCGUCAUCUCUGCGAUCGCGGGCCUCAUCGACAGAAUCCGAAAAUUGGGAAGUUCUCGGGGACCGCUCGUCUAUGGAGGACGUCCGACAAGACGAGAUGGAUGUAUUCCCCCCACGAUCACGAGAGCUCCCAGGUCUAAGCGUCGUGCCCGAUGCAAACCGUGGCAUUCCUAUGGUCCCGCGUAUCCCAGACCAGUACAGCUACCACAAGCCCCGUAUCUACUACCACCAAGACGAGAAUAUGGGGGCAAAUUGCUUUUAUGGAGAGGCGCUAUAAGGGUUUCGUUCCCACGACAACUGACCAAGCGGCAGAAGUGAAACGGACAACACGACGAUUUGACGACUUUUCUGGAUCCGUUGUACGAUGAUUAUGACUGAUACGAA